UCGGUGACGCAGCAUAGUUAAGCGCGCGCUCUGUCUGGUUAACGGCGGUGCGUCAUGUCAGCAUUUCUACUAACCGCUCAUUUAUCUUUGCAGAAACGAUGUCUGUCAUCUUAAACAGUCAAAGGAGCCUGGUCAUCAUGGAUUAUAAAGGGGAAAAACUUGUAUUUUUUUAACACACGUUAGACACAAUUGAUCAUCACUAAGUCUGUGAAGUUGGAGCAGCCACUGCUUCUUUUCUGCUGCAUUCUACCUUCUGUUGAAAAACCUACUUAAACAAUUGAACAAGAUUCUUCUGUUACAUCUACUUGGUAGAUCCAUCAACAUGUUUCCUAACGGGUGUUUGAUAUUUGAAGAUGAGGGCUUCCGUGAUUCUACUGUGGUCAAGAUGAAUGCUUUACGGAAAAGCGGCCAGUUUUGUGAUGUCAGACUGCAGGUCUGUGGACAUGAGUUUAUGGCCCAUAAGGCUGUGCUGGCCUGCUGCAGUCCUUACCUGUUUGAGAUCUUUAACAGUGACUCUGAGCCACAGGGUGGGGUUUCACUGGUCAAAUUUGAUGACCUCAACCCAGAUGCUGUGGAGAUCUUGCUCAGCUAUGCCUACACCACUCAGCUGAAGGCAGAUAAAGAUCUGGUCAGUGAUGUGUACUCUGCAGCAAAAAAGCUUAAAUUGGACAGGGUCAAACAGCUCUGUGGAGACUACCUGCUAUCAAAAAUGGAUUGCCAAAGUGUCAUUUCCUAUCGCAAUUUUGCUAGUAGCGUGACUGAUUGUCGGCUUUUGAGCAAGAUUGACAGCUAUAUCCAUGACCAUCUUCAGGAGAUCUCUAAACAAGAUGACUUCCUUAAACUUCCUCGACUGAAGUUGGAUGUUAUACUAGAGGAGAACCUGAACCUGCCAGGUAAUGGUAAACUCUACUCAAAGGUGAUAAGCUGGGUGCAGCGCAGCUUGUGGAAGAAUGGAGAUCACCUGGAGAAGCUGAUGGAAGAGGUGCAAACGCUGUACUACUCAGCAGAUCACAAAUUGCAUGAUGGGAGCCUGCUUGAGGGGCAGGCAGAUAUCUGCAAUUCUGAGGAUGACCACAUCCAGUUUGUGCAGAAGAAGCCUCCUCGAGAGAAAAACGAGAUGAUCUCUCCCACCUCCAGCAGCCAGUUCAACAAGCACGAAUGGAAGUACAUUGCCUCAGAGAAGACCACCAACAACUCAUACCUGUGUCUGGCUGUUUUGAGAGGAGUCCUGUGUGUGAUCUCCUUGUAUGGCCGCAGCAGUCCCCAGAGUUCCUCCUCUGCUACGCCCUGCAUGCUGAAGAGCCUGAGCUUCGAGGCUCAGCCAGAAGAGCUGCAGGAGAGGUUGCUAAAGCCCAUGCAUUAUGCUCGCUCCGGUCUGGGAACUGCUGAACUAGAAGGCAAGCUCAUUGCUGCAGGUGGCUACAACAGAGAAGAGUGCCUGAGGACUGUGGAGUGUUACAGCCCGAAGAAUGAUUGCUGGACUUUCAUUGCUCCCAUGCGCACUCCACGAGCUCGCUUCCAGAUGGCUGUCCUAAUGGGUCGGCUGUAUGUGAUUGGUGGCUCCAACGGUCACUCAGAUGAGCUGAGCUGUGGAGAGAUGUAUGACCCCAAGGCUGACGAGUGGAGUCAAGUUCCUGAGCUCCGCACCAACCGUUGCAAUGCAGGUGUGUGUUCCUUGCAAAACAAGCUUUUUGUGGUGGGAGGAUCUGAUCCCUGUGGUCAAAAGGGCUUGAAGAAUUGUGACUCCUUCGACCUAGUGUCAAAAUCUUGGACCAGCUGUGCACCACUGAACAUCAGGAGGCACCAGGCAGCAGUGUGUGAGCUAGAUGGAUCUGUGUAUGUGAUUGGUGGCGCUGAGUCCUGGAACUGCUUAAACUCAGUAGAAUGCUACAACCCUGAGAACAACACCUGGACCCUAGUGGCCCCCAUGAAUUUAGCCCGGCGUGGAGCGGGUGUUGCUGUUUAUAAAGGGAAGCUCUUUGUGGUUGGAGGAUUUGACGGCUCUCACGCUCUGCGAUGUGUGGAGGUCUAUGAUCCAGCCAGGAACGAGUGGAGGAUGUUGGGAAGCAUGACAUCGGCACGUAGCAAUGCAGGGGUGGCUGUGUUGAACGGUGUGCUCUGUGCUGUCGGGGGCUUCGAUGGCAAUGAGUUUCUCAACACCAUGGAGGUAUAUGACCCAGACACCAAUGAGUGGAGCCCAUUCAUAGAAGCAUUAGCUAAGAGCUGAACAGGGUGGGGGGCUCACCUGUCCUCAAACUGUGUAACUUUGUAAUGUAAUUGUUUUAUUGUUAUUUGUUUAGGCGCUAUUUUAGGAAGGAUGACUUUGAUAAAUAUUCCCAUAGGGUUGCCCAAAGCAACGUAAAGCUUUUGCAUAUUGCAUAAAUUACUGUGUAAAUAUUUUUUUUUUUUUUUUAAUUCACCAAGAAUGCCAGUACUUAGAUAUUUUGGAGAUAUUGAGGUUAAUAUUUCAGAACAGGUUUUAAGCUUACCUUGAUUGAUGCCUUGUUCUUUGAAGAUGAAAUGUACAUCUACAGUUGGAUAGUCUUAGACCACAGGAUACUUGAAGUCAAAGCCUUGCCAUCUUAGAUGGAGCCAUGAUGCUUUGGUGUAUUGGUAUUUUUGCCUUUUUAUACAACACUUGUAAGUGUCCAGUAUGUAAAACUGGGAAAUGCACAUUCCAAGUUGUUUAAAAUGAAUUUGUGCCAGAGACUUGGUUUUACUUAAAUGUUUAUAUUUCUGCUUGUUGCUAAAGAAGCUGAUAAUGAUAAUGCCAUUUUAAUACCAAUUAAUGACACUGAGAUGGUGUUUAUCUCAUCUCAUUCAUUUCUGUAUUUAAAACCUUGCUAGACCAGAACUUUAAAUUGAUUUAUUUUAUUUUUUUUUUUUUUUUUUUUUUGUCUUUUGGUACAAAAAUGAGAGAAGAAUUAAUAAACCAUUUCAGCUUGAAUGGAUUGAGUGUCAGACAACUUUCAUUCAUCCAUCCUACCUGAAAGAAAGUGUAAUUUAGAGUUGAAGUCAGAAGUUUACAUACACUUAGGUUGAGUCAUUAAAACACAUUUUUUAACCACUCCACAUAUAUCAUAUUAGAAAACUAUAAGUUUGAUAAGUCGUUUAGGACAUUUACUUUGUGCAUGACACAAGUAAUUUUUCCAACAAUUGUUUACAGACAGAUUGUUUCACUUUUAAUCGACUAUAUCACAAUUCCAGUGGGUCAGAAGUUUACAUACACUAAGUUAACUGUGCUUUUAAGCAGCUUGGAAAAUUCCAGAAAAUUAUGUCAAGCCUUAAGGCAAUUAGCUUCUGAUAGGCUAAUUGGAGUCAUUUGGUGUACCUGUGGAUGUAUUUUAAGGCCUACCUUCAAACUCAGGACCUCCACAAGUCUGGUUCAUACUUGGGAGCAUUUUCCAAAUGCCUGAAGGUACCACACUCAUCUGUACAAACAAUAGUAUGCAAGUAUAAAUACCAUGGGACCACGCAGCCAUCAUACCGCUUAGGAAUUCUGUCUCAUAGAGAUGAACGUAGUUUGGUGCGAAAAGUGCAGCUCAAUACCAGAACACCAUCAACAUACAUAUUAAUGGGUGACUUUAAUAGCCACAGCACAUUAUGGGGAGGUAAACAUACAAAUACCAAAGGCAAAAGAAUAGAGGAGUUCAUUUACAAUAAUGAUUUGUGCUUACUAAAUGAUGGUUCAAGCACAUAUUUGCAUCCAGGAUAUGGAACAUACUGCGCUAUUGAUUUAACUUUGCGUGAACCUGAAAUAAUAAUUGACUUUUCAUGGCAAGUAUGGAAGGAUCUCUACUGAAGAAGAUAUACAAGACACUUCUAGAUGGCAAACGAAAAAAGCAAAUUGGUAUAAUUUCCAAAAACUUUGUUAUGAGAAGUUCAACAUAGACUGGCAAGAAUAUCAAGAUCCGAUAAAGAAAUUCACCGAUAUACUGAUUGAAAUAGCAGAAAAAACUGUGCCAAAAACAUCAACAAAGUCAUGCCGUCUGAGAAACCCAUGGUUCAGUGAAGACUGUAAAAAGGUUAUUGCUGAUCAGAAGGCAGAAAGAAACUUUAAUAAACAUCCAACAACCAAAAACCUCAUCAGAUUGAAAAUGUAUAGAGCACAAGCACGAAGAAUUAUUAAUAAAACAAAGAGGCAGAGUUGGAAAAAAAAUGUAUUAAGUUUAACGUCACAGACACAAAGUAUGGGAUAUGAUACGAAAGAUGAAAAAUAAGGAAGAAGGACUACAAAUACAACACAUAAAAAAUCAGGAUACUUUAUUAACAUCGAAACAGGAUAUUGCUAAUAAAUUUUCGAGAGAAAUUCAUCACUAGAAAACGGCCUUCCCAGAUUUAAGGAAAUACAAAUAAAACAGGAACAGGAAAAACUAAAUUUCUCUUCGGAUAACACCGAACUGUAUAAUCAACCUUUUACAAUGGAAGAACUUCUGAAAGCUAUUAAAAACUCCAACGACACUGCAGUUGGACCUGAUACAAUUCACUAUCAGUUCUUGAAACAUCUACCCCAAAAUAUACUAUUGAUCCUACUGAACAUACUCAAUAGCAUUUGGAAAUCAGGAAAAAUACCAGCUAACUGGAAAGAAGCAACCGUUAUACCAAUACCUAUACCAAGAAAAGACCAUACUGACCCAAACAAUUAUCGGCUAUUAGCCUUAACCAGCUGCCUGUGCAAAACCAUGGAACGAAUGAUCAAUGAUCGGCUGGUGUGGAUUUUGGAAAAAGACCAAAAGAUCAGUAAAUAUCAAUGUGGAUUUAGACGAGGGAAAAGUACUCUCUCACCUUAUAAGAUCAGAGUCUUUUGUAGUAGCAUGUAGUAGCAGUAUUUUUUUUAUUUAGAAAAGGCUUAUGAUAUUACGUGGAGGUAUGGCAUUCUAAAAUAUUUGUACAAUAUGGGUUUCAGGGGAUGUCUACCCAUUUUUAUUUCCAAUUUUUUAUCUAAUAGAGUUUUUCGUGUUCGAGAAAGAAACGUGCUAUCUGAAUUGCAUGUACAAGAAUCAGGAGUGUCCCAAGGAAGUAUACUUUCAGUAACUCUUUUCAGCAUUAAAAUUAACGGGAUUGUAAGUGUUAUGGGGCCUAAUAUAUUCCGUAGCCUAUAUAUAGAUGAUGUGUGCAUUUGUUAUAAAGGCAAAAAUAUGAACGUAAUUGAGAGACAAAUACAAAUAUGUAUAAAUAAAAUGUAUGACUGGUCAGUACAAAAUGGAUAAAAAUUUUCUAAAUCAAAAACUGUAUGUAUACAUUUUUGUAUUAUGCGAUCUAUGCACCUCGAGCCAGAACUCUUUUUGGAAAGGGAACCUGUAAAAGAGACAAAAUUCCUAGGACUUACUUUUGAUAAUAAACUAUCCUUCAUCCCUCAUUUCAAAAUGCUGUGGAAUAGAUGCUUCAAAGCAAUGGAUAUUACAAAAGUGCUAGCAAGGAUCAAAUGGGGUGCAGAUUGUGAAGUACUCUUGAGACUCUAUAGGACACUUGUUCGAUCAAAAAUGGACUAUGUGAGAGCAGUUUAUGGAUCUGCCAGGAAGUCAUAUUAAAAUGUUGGAUACAGUACAUCAUACAGGAUUGAGACUUGCACUAGGAGCAUUUAGGACCUCUCCAAUCCAAAGCUUGUAUACAGAAGCAAGAGAACCAUCACUAUAUAACAGAAGGCUGAAACUGGCCCUUAACUAUGCAGUUAAGCUAAAAGCUAAUGAAAGUAACCCAGCAUAUUCUUCAGUCUUUCAUCCUCAACAUUCACACCUGUAUGAAGCCAGACCCAGGUACAUCAGUCCUAUUGGAAUUCGCACAAAACCACACUUUGAGAACAUGGACAUUAAUCUGGAUAUGCUAACAUUGACACAUCUGUGCCCUAUACCGCCCUGGAAUAUUAAAAAAAACAACUAUCAUGAUGAACCUGGCUCAGUAUACUAAAACGAUAAAUCAUCCAAAUGUCUAUCAGGAGAAAUUUCUGAUUUACAUCGUCCCAUGUACCAGUGUACACACAUGGAUCAAAGUCAGACAGUCAUGUAUCUGCAGCAGUAGUGAUUGGUCCAAAAUGUUUUGGCGAGUGUAUUCCUGGACAAAGUUCAGUUUUCACAGCAGAAGCUUGUGCAUUAUUACUAGCUUUAGAACAAAUAGAAAAGGAACAACAAUGUCACAUUCUAAUUUGUACAGAUUCUAAAUCUUGCCUGCAAGCACUCGAAGCUCUGAAAAUAGAACACCCUACAAUUAUUAGCAUAAUAGGAAAAGUGGACUCUUUAAAAAAAAAAAAACAAGAUUUCAAUAUUGUCUUUUGUUGGAUACCAGGCCAUAUGGGUUUGGCUGGCAAUGAACAGGCAGAUAAAGUGGCUAAGCAAGCACUUCAGUUGGACAUGACAGAAUGUUAUAUACCAAUAUCUGAUGUUAAACCUAUUUUGAAUCUGUACAUUCACAACAAAUGGUGAAUGGAAUGAAUGCAUAUAUAACAAACUACAUGAAGUGAACCCAGUAUUAAAUCAAGGAGUUUUUUUAUUUCCUCUUUGAAAAUAGAUAUGACCAGGUUGCAUAAACGAGAUGUCGAAUUGGUCACUCAAGGCUCACUGAUUCAUACUUAUUGAAAGGGGAAGAGAAACCGGUUUGUGAUCUAUGUAAGAAUUUAAAAGUGCAUCCUAUGUAAGAGUGUAAAACAUAUUUUGAUAGAAUGUCCAUAUCUAAAUGAUAUUAGACAACGUUUUUAUUCAGAAAAUGUAUUGAUGGACAUUUUCAAAAAGGUCUCUCUGGGAAAAUUUUAGAAUUCCUAUCACAUACUAAACUGAAAAACUCUAUAUAAUUGUUAUUACUACUACUGUUAUUAUUGUUAUAUAUGUGGAUUUUUGUAUCUGUCAAACUAUUGUAAACAUUGUUUAAUUUGAAUACUGUUGUCUUUGCCAUGAAUAUAGCCAUUGCUGCUGAUAUGGCAUCAAAAAUAUAAAUAAUAAAUAAUAAUCAAUCCCAGAACAACAGCAAAGGGCCUUGUGAAGAUGCUGGAGGAAACAGAUAGACAAGUACAGUAUCUAUACCAACAGUAAAACAAGUCCUAUAUCAACAUAACCUGAAAGGCUGCUCAGCAAGGAAGAAGCCACUGCUCCAAAACCGCCAUAAAAAAGCCAGACUACAGUUUGCAAGUGCACAUGGGGACAAAGAUCUUACUUUUUGGAGAAAUGUCCUCUGGUCUGAUGAAACUAAAAUUGAACUGUUUGGCCAUAAUGACCAUUGUUAUGUUUGGAGGAAAAAGGGUGAGGCUUGCAAGCCGAACAACACCAUCCUAACCGUGAAGCAUGGGGGUGGCAGCAUCAUGUUGUGGGGGUGCUUUGCUGCAGGAGGGGCUGGUGCACUUUACAAAAUAGAUGGCAUCAUGAGGAAGGAAAAUUAUGUGGAUUCCAAAUGGACAAUGACUCCAAGCAUACCUCCAAAGUUGUGGCAAAAUGACUUAAGGAAAACAAAGUCAAGGUAUUGGAGUGGCCAUCACAAAGCCCUGACCUGAAUCCGAUAGAAAAUUUGUGGGCAGAACUGAAACAGCGUGUGCGAGCAAGGAGACUCAGUUACACCAGUUCUGUCUGGAGGAAUGGGCCAAAAUUCCAGCAACUUUUGAGAGAAGCUUGUGGAAGGCUAUCCAAAACGUUUGACCCAAGUUAGACAAUUUAAAGGCAAUGCUAUCAAAUACUAACAAAGUGUAUGUAAACUUCUAACCCACUGGGAAUGCAAUGAAAGUAAUAAAAGCUGAAAUAAAUCAUUCUCUCUACUAUUAUUCUGAUAUUUCACAUUCUUAAAAUAAAGUAGUGAUCCUAACUGACCUAAGACAGGGAAUGUUUUCUAUGAUUAAAUGUCAGGAAUUGUGAAAAACUGAGUUGAAAUGUAUUUGGCUAAGGUGUAUUUUGAAAUUCUGGGAAAGUCAUAUGUUUUUGUAGUUGUGCUUUGCUCUAAAAUUCUCCUCAGCUAGAUAUUACUCUUUGUACAGUAAGUGCUUUUGUAAAGUAAAUCAUGCACUCUAAGCCAGCAUAAUAACAUCAUUCUGUCCUUUGGGGGUCUUAUUGAAGACGUUUGAACUCUAAUAAAUAUAAUACUUUAACUGUAUUAAUUCCAAAGUUUGGUACUUGAAAUUUUAAUGGAAAUCUGCCCCCAGCAAUCUAAAUUUAUUUAAAACCAUAAUCCAAUAAUAAUGAAAAGAAAGGUCAAGUAAAAAUGAGUGGAAAUUAAUUGAUCAGAAAGUGUCUGAACCUUUACAGUGCAAUGUGAAAAAUGGGUGUUGUAAGGCUGGCACUGGAAUGUCUACAACCAAAAGGCACCAUUUCCGGUAAAAGUCAAGGAACUCUGCGAGAAUCAACGUCAUAGAACUCUCUCACAAAAGCUGAAAUCUACACCUGAAUAUCACCACGUGUGAUAAAUUGCAAAUCGCCUUGCUGCCCCCCCUUCUCCCCUUCAACAGCUCUGGACCAACACAAAGACACAAGAUUUAUAUGAAAAAUACAACAAAUACCAUGAAAACAAAGAAUGCAACUGUAUGUGUUUGAUAUAAUUUAAGAGGUCUCUGUGCGACUGGUAUAGUGGUCUCUUUCCCAUGUUGAUAAAACUAAUGGUAACAAAGUUAUAAGGUCUUUGCCAAAUACUGCAUAAUUCUGGAGGUCUAUCCCCCUCCUUGACCUACAAUUGAAAUUAUCUCCUGUAUCUCAUUGUUCAAAGGAUAAUACCAUUUGGAACACAAUGUUUAUUCUGUCUAGAUAUUUAAGGAAAGUUGGCAGGAAGCUCUGGGAAUCUGUAAGCAGAUCUCCCGCACAAUUGAUGUGUGUAGUCGUUUUCACCAGGGAUCUGUAAGCAGAUCUCCCAUGCUGUACCGCUGCAUGUAGUUUUGUCAGGUAUGUUUCCUUUUAUUUUUAGUAAUGCUUGUUUAUUCUGAUCAUGUGAAAUUGGCUUUGAUUUGAAUUUCUGCAACAAUGUUUUAUAUCCUACCUGACAAAUAAAUU